ACAUUCCGAUACUGCCCCUAGGGUUUAGCCCCCGCUGGAAUUUGCCAAAGUCCCAUCGUCCUUUCUACCCCGAAACCCUAGGCUCUCAUUCGGUUCCUCACCAGCAGCUGAGACGAACUGCGCCUCCGAACCCCACCACCCCGCCGGAGAAAUGGACGGAGCCGUGUCCGGCCCGUCGCUGGUGAAGCAGCUGGCCUCCUGCGACCAGACCCUCCGGGAACGCUCGCUCCGCCUCCUCCUCAAGACAUGGCUGCCCGUCCAAACCUCAAUCCCGGACUCCGACCUCAAGAAGCUCUGGAAGGGGCUCUUCUACUGCGUCUGGCACGCCGACAAGGUACAAUUCCAGUCUCAGCUCAUCAAUCGCCUGUCCGCCAUGAUGCUUUCCCUGGAGCUGCCCCUGUCCGUACAGUACUUCUCCGUCUUCCUCCUGACCAUGCGCCGCGAGUGGAACGGCAUAGACGCUCUCCGUCUGGACAAAUUUUACCUCUUGAUUCGUAGGUUUUUGCAUUCACUGUUCGCGCUCAUGAAGAAGUAUGGGUGGGAUUCGGAGCUUGUGGGUAGGCUUAUGGCGGUCUUGGAGGAGAGGACCUUUGGGGACGUUGAUCAGGUUCGGGGUAGUGGGGUUGAUUACCAUAUUGCCACUGUCUUCCUGGAGGAACUCAGGCCCUUCACGCCUCUUAAAUUGGAGAUGCUCGAGGUGUUGCUGAAGCCCUUGGUGCACGUAAUGAAGAGCUCCACGGAUAAGGUGCUGCUGGGGAAGAUUAGAUCUAAUGUGUUUGACGUGUUACUGGCCAAUGGGAAGAAGCUCUUGGAGGCCAAGAGGUGCGGUGCAGAUGUUGAUUCGUGCGAUGAUGUUAUGGUAUACGGGACCUUGGCUUUGAAGAUGGGGUUUGCGAGUAAGUUCUUCGAGUUGGGUUCUUCUACCGAUUGCGUUCAGGGGAACAGGAAGCUGUUGUUUGGUUUGCACGAGGAGUUCCUCAAGUUGGAGAAGAAAAUGGAAUCUUCAGGGAUUGAAGUUCCACCUCCCGAACCUGAAGACCGUGUUGAUGAUGAGGAGGAGGAGGAAGUGCCCAUCUUGGUUCCUAUCAACGGUGUUGAUCCUUCAGAGGAUGGUGCAAAUGGAGCUGCUGUUAAAACUAUGAAGAAGCGCAAGAAAUCGAAAAAGGAAUUGGGAGGUGGGAAGAAUGAGAAGAAAAGGAAAACGAAGAAGAAGAAGAAGGAAGUGAUGCCAGAGAAUGGUUUGGUGGAUAAGGAGAACAGUGAUCCCGUUCAGUUAAGUUGUGAGGACCCGACAGAGGAGCCAAAAGAUACUGCAGCUGUGGUGGUGCUUGAUGAGUCUAUGAUGUCAAACCUGCAAAUGCAGUUCGAGAAAGUUGCUGCCGAAGAGGGCUUGAAUGAAGGCCUGGAAAGCGCUUGUGAUUUUCUAGAAGCUGGGAGUAAUGGUGUUACCCUAAAGAAGAGAAAGAGAGGGAAGAGUACAAAGGGACAGCAACCUCAGGGCCUCAAGAUGGAAGAUCAAGGAGAUGACGAGGGCUUACUCUCUGCUAUGAGUGGGGAAAAAAGUGUAAAAAAAGUGAGAUUCUCCAUGAAGAACAACUUGGUCUGGAAGCCCCACACUCCUCUGCCUCCGCAAAGCAUAAGAAUACCGCCCUCUGUUACCCCCCGAGGUAGUGCUCUUAAGAAAGGGCUAUCUCCAGGUCCGAUAAAAGAGUCACCUCCCUCAUCAAAGAAGGCGAAACAGCGAGCUCGUACUGUGAGGAAGAUCAGGAAGAAGACGGCAAAGGGCGCAUCCCCUGCAGUCAAACGCCUGAAGAAGCUAAAAGCAUCUUCCCCGUAAUCAGUUUGUAAAAUCAGGUUGAAGAAUAGCAGGUUUUGGCUUUCUACUUCAAUUUUGGGGUUCAACCAUGUUAUGAUCUCUGAUUCUGUAACCUACUUUGUCCUGGUUUGAUAUUUGAAGCUUGUUAGCAGUGUUGACAGAAAUUUGAUUUUCCCCCCUAACUGGUACAAAAUGUGUUCAUUUUCCCUUCCUAUUUUCGGGAUAUAAGUAUAGGACCUGAGUUUAGACCGAUACUCUUCAUCAAAUACUUAUUCAUUGACCAAUGAUAUUGUCUUCUUAUAUUCAC